AUGAGACAGGGCUUAGUCAUUUUGUCUAUGCUGUGGCUUUUGAUUGUUGAUUGGCUGAGAGGUCUCUUCACCCACAAACCGAAAACUUCCUACGAGAUCAGCAGCACAGUCGCAAUUGGUGGCUUCGGGCUUAGUAGUGGCCGUCGGAAUCGGUGGGUCUUCUCCAUUUCCUCCUUUGAACACCGAAUCAGGUGGGUCUUCUCCAUUUUCUCCUGUAGAGAAUCAGAUGGGUCUUCUCCAUUUCCUCCUGUAGGUUUCACAUCAGGUGGGUCUUCUCCAUUUCCUCCUGUAGGUUACAGAUCAGAUGGGUCUUCUCCAUUUCCUCAUUCUAAACUCAGCAACGGCUUCGAUUCUUGGCCAAAGUCUAAACUCAGCAACGGCUUCGAUUCUUGGCCAUUCGGCUAUGUGGUAGAGUGCCACUCUCUAAACUCAGCAACGGCUUCGAUUCUUGGCCAGUCGGCUUUGUCGAUAGCAACGGCUUCGAUUCCUGGCCAGUCGGUUAUAUCGGAGAGUGCCAACUGUGUUUCUCCUUUGUUCGAGCUUUAA